AUGUCUUCCUCCUCGCGUCUUCCUCUCGCCCCCGAUCCGGACAAGUGGCUCACCGCGAGGAAGGUCGACAAACCCCUCAAGCAGCGUCCACUUGUUAGCUCCCAGUUCAAAGCCCACCAUGGAGUCGCAACACCUCCGUCCACGGGACGCAAACGGGGCAGUGCGUCCAACAAGGCAGCGCCGGCCGCGCCUUCCUCCUCGGCAUCUACAAAGCGCCGUGCCCCAAACGCGACACCAACGGCACCGAUCCGUGGCAUCGCCUCUUACCUCACCCCCACGAGCGCCGAUGUAAAGAGGCCCAGUGCAACAGCAGCUCGCGCUAAGCUUCCCAAACCUCCUGCGGUGCGCACCCCAUCACUGGACCCCAACACGGAUGCCAGCGUGACGGCGUGGAUGGCGACUCUGCCGCGUACACGUCCUGUCGAGGAGCCAGUAAAGUCCAGUGGUGCACCUCGUACACCCGAUGUGCCACCGUUAUCCCUCCGCGACCUUACCCCUGUUCCCGACGACAUCUUGGCACGCCACCGUCGCUUGUGCGGGCAGGACAGCGCGCGUCGCACCACGGCCGUGUCCCCUUGGCGCCGUGGGCAAGAGACCGAAGAGGACAAAGAAGCUGCAAAGGCUGCACGUGCAGUUGCGCGUAAGGAGGCCGAUGAGCGCAUGGAAGCGGAGCGCGAGCGCAAGCGUCGCCGUCUCGACGUGCGUGAGGCGGUUGCCGGGGAGGCGCUGCAUCGCGUCAACACGGCCAAGGAACGUCGCGCACUCGGCGAGUUCAAGUCCCUGGUUCAGCUAUCCAGCUCGGCCGACGGGUCCUCUUCACCUUUGCGCGACCGCGAGUCGUCUCCCAGUGAACGCCAGGCAUUAGCACAGAAGGCUGGUCCCAACACGACUCUGCGUCGUUAUACGUCUGCGCUGGAGAACCCUGUUGGUCAUCGUGACAGCGCGUGGCCAUCAAAACAGUCCAACACUACUCCCCGCCAUUUCCCCCCUCUUCAGACCGCGAGUUCACGACCUCCUCGCUCACCAGUUACCACCCCACGCAAGCAACGGUCGACGCAACACCACAAAGUUACCCCGCCCAAGUCGCUAAAGUCGCAUACACCCCGAAAGUACGACGAGCAGCAGGAGACGCUCUUUGUGUUCCCGGCGCCUCCGCGGCAACCCGUCUUCAAGCAGCCCGCGUUACCAAAGCCGGUCUCUGGUUGGGAGCCUGUCGACAUGGAACCCGAGACCCUAAUUACUUGGAGCCUGGGUGGAGAGACUCUUGAGGUUGCAUCCCCGCCUGGGACAGUGCCCCAUCAAGCUGUCGCUCAACCUCCCGUGGAAUUGCGCUUUGCCGCGCCAUUGUCAGCCAUUGUGGAGGACGAUGAUGCAGAUAGCAUUGCCCCUUCCAUUCCCUCCCAGUCGUUCCCUCAUCUCCUCGACUCGUCCCCGUCGCCCGACGAGCGUCACUCUAGGUCGCCGACUCGCGCGGGGUCAACACCCCCACGACUGCCCGACUUUCCUGCUGCUCGUUCCCUGCAUCGCAAGUCGAGUGCCACCGUUCCCGAGUCGUUUGUGUACGUCGCCAGCCGCUCUCCUUCCCCAUCUUCCCCCUCGCCCCAGAAGAGGCUCAUCCGUCGCGUGGGCGAUAUUAUGCCACCCAAACGCGGCUUCUUCUCGUCGAUUACGGACAUGCAGUCACCUGCCGCUUCAGAGUCCAACUCUCGACUGUUAACGUUGACCAAGGGAUCGACACCAAAGGCCGCACCACGCCGCACCAAGACACAGGACAAGUCGCAGUCCAAGCUUGAAUCCUUUGGAUACUUCCCCAGCAAGACUCGCGCGGUCGCCGACUUUGACGAGGCGUUCUCGGAUGAAGAGGACCUGGACUUUGGCGACGAGCCCGUUGCGUUUGCCAGCCCACUCUCUCGGACUGGCCUCGUCCCCGUACCCGAUGCGCCCCCUCACCCCGCCCUCCGUCCUGCAGGUAUCCGCGAGAUGGCCAAGCGCCAGACUGCCGCCAUGGACCGGCAUCUUGGCCAGUCUUCUCGCCAUCCGCAGAGCCCAGUAUGGUCCGCCAAGGACGACACAGCGAGCCACGGUGAACUGCCCCAAAGCGACCCCCUAUUCUCCACCGACACAUCCAGCAGCCUGCCCUCGGACGACGGACCCCGGAUCAGCGAGUCGACCCGUGCGUGGUGGGACAAGCUGGGGGAAAUGUCGGAAAUGUCAGACGGCGACGGUCUGACAAGUUUGUAA